UUUUCGCGCGCUGCAUUGGCUUCAUGUUUGUUGAAGUUGAUUAUUAUUAAUUACAAUUAAAACAAAUUAAAUAAUCGGUUCCGUGCUCAAUCAGAUUCAAAAUUUACACAAUUUAAUAAACGAACGAAUAAAUAGUUGCACGCUAAAGUUUCCAUUCUUUUUAAACUCCUUUACAUUGUGGUGUGUGACUUGUGUUGUAAUUUUCACAAAUGAAUAACAAAUAACUUUCAGUAAGGAAAAUACAAUCAAGGCAUAGUUUCAGAAAACACAUUUGUUUGCUUUUAGGUUAAUAUUUCUAAUAAAAUGAAUGGUGUUAAUUGGGCAAAAAAUGAAGUUACAGAUGAUGUUUUUGAAUUCAAGGGCAGCAAAGAAAGAACAAGAAGCAAUAGCAAUGAAAGCGUACCAAGCAGGAAGAGAUCUAAGCCAAAUAACAAAAAGGAUUGUGAAAAGCAGAGCAAACCUGAGAAAAAAGUCAUUGAAAUAGAAACAGAUCCAGAUGUUCUGCAAAGGAGACAAAAACAGAUUGAUUAUGGGAAAAACACAGUUGGUUACGAAAUGUAUACUCAAAAAGUGCCAUUUGACCAACGCACAAAAGGCGAUCCUAAGACUCCAGACAAAUACUGCAAGUACAGUCGUAGAUCUUGGGAUAUGUUGAUCAAAAUGUGGAGGAAGAGUUUGCACAAGUAUGACAUAGAGGAGUGUGGGAUCAAAGAAGAAAGAAUAAAGAAAGAGGAGGAAGACUCUGAUGAAGACUGAACCAUUCAUAUUAUACUAUGU